AUGUCUGCGAUACGGAGGAAACUAGGCGAGGACUACCAGGUGGUGAACACCAGCCAGGGCACGACCUUCUCCGCGCCGGCCAAGAGGAAGCGGCAGAGGUUCGUGGAGAAGAACGGCCGCUGUAACGUGCAGCACGGCAACCUGGGCGGGGAGACCAGCCGCUACAUCUCCGACCUGUUCACCACGCUGGUGGACCUCAAGUGGCGCUGGAACCUACUUAUAUUCAUCCUCACCUACACCGUGGCGUGGCUGGUCAUGGCCUCCAUGUGGUGGGUCAUCGCCUAUAUACGCGGCGACCUGAGCCAAGGCGGCCACGACCCGUCCUACACGCCGUGCGUCGCCAACGUCUUCAACUUUCCCUCCGCCUUCCUCUUCUUCAUCGAGACGGAGGCGACCAUCGGCUACGGGUACCGCUACAUCACCGACAAGUGCCCCGAGGGCAUCAUCCUGUUCCUGUUCCAGUCGCUGCUGGGCUCCAUCGUGGACGCCUUCCUCAUCGGCUGCAUGUUCAUCAAGAUGUCGCAGCCCAAGAAGCGCGCCGAGACGCUGAUGUUCAGCCAGGACGCGGUCAUCUCGCAGCGGGACGGCAGGCUGUGCCUCAUGUUCCGCGUGGGGAACCUGCGCAACAGCCACAUGGUGUCCGCUCAGAUCAGGUGCAAGCUCAUCAAGUCUCGCCAGACCCCGGAGGGUGAGUUUCUGCCCCUGGACCAGUGUGAGCUGGACGUGGGCUUCGGGACGGGGGCCGACCAGCUCUUCUUAGUGUCGCCGCUCACCAUCUGCCAUGAAAUCAACACCAAGAGUCCGUUCUUCGACCUGUCGCAGCGCUCGCUGAUGAACGAGCAGUUCGAGAUCGUCGUCAUCCUGGAGGGCAUCGUGGAGACGACUGGUAUGACAUGCCAGGCCCGCACGUCCUACACGGAGGACGAAGUCCUGUGGGGCCAUCGCUUCCUCCCCGUCAUGUCCCUGGAGGAGGGCUUCUUCAGAGUGGACUACUCCCAGUUCCACAACACUUUUGAGGUCCCCACGCCCCCGUACAGCGUCAAAGAGCAGGAGGAGAAGCCCCCCCUGGCUUCGUCGAAUCCCCUGCCAGCAGCGCCCAUCUCCCCCUCCCCUCCCUUGGGCACUGUCAGCGCCACGUUAGGUCGCAGGGAGAGACUGCUGUCGGUGGACUGCGGGGACUAUGUCAAGGACCAAGUGCCUCGGCUACCGAGCAAACUCCAGCGCAUGAGCUCCACCAAGGAGGAGCACUUCCGCAGGGGGUUGAAGACGGGGGCCACGCCGCACAAGGGCAAGGCCUCCAGCACAGGAGACCUGCCACUUAGGAUUCAAAGGUUGAGGUCAAGCUCCUAUCCCACCGGAGGGCACGGGGAGCCGGAGGAGCAGGUUCAGUUGUUGGCGCUGGACGGAGACGCUGGAGAGGUGGAGCUGGUGGAACAAAGACUGCCGCCGGCCCCCAACCCCAUCGCUGCACCGGCCCCCUCCUCAGCCCAGAUCCCUCUGGUAGGGGCCUGGCCGGAGGACAACCUGCCUCCGAAAUUACGCAGAAUGAACGCUGACCGUUGA